GAGGCAAGCAGCGGAGAGGAGAGGGGAGGAGGACGAGCCGAGCCGAGCCACGGAGACGCAGUGGGGGCCCACAGUCCGAGCACAUCGCCGCAGCGACGCAGCACCAUCUUCUCCCCCCCCCCCCCCUACCACCACCUCCCCCUUUUCUGUUUAUGUCGCCUCCCAGCCCACGCCGCCGACACGUAACCCGGUGCGUGUGGCUCCAGCCUCGCUAGCAUGGAGACGCAAACACGCACUGAAAUGUGAAGAUUCUUUUUUUUUUUUCCCCGAGAGAAAGUGGACUCAACCUGUGCUCCCGCAGUGACAACAUGAAGAAGUUCAACAUCAGGAAGGUGCUGGACGGCUUGAAGGAGGCGUCCUCCUCUUCCUCCUCCACCUUCUCCUCCUCCUCCGCCCCGUCGGUCCAAGUGGGCCCGCAGGACAACCACCUGGUCCAGGAGAACCUCCAGUCGGAGCACUUCCAGCUGUGCAAGACUGUCCGUCAUGGUUUUCCAUACCAGCCGUCAUCCAUGGCCUUUGACCCUGUGCAGAAGAUACUGGCCAUCGGCACUCAGAGGGGAGCGCUCAGAUUGUUCGGUCGUCCCGGUGUGGAGAGUUACUGCCAACAUGAGAGUGAAGCGGCCGUCAUCCAGCUUCAGUUUCUCAUCAAUGAGGGAGCGCUUGUAAGUGCCCUGGCGGAUGACACAGUGCACCUGUGGAACCUGAGGCAGAAGAGACCAGCCAUCCUGCACUCGCUCAAGUUCAGCAAAGAGAGGAUAACCUUCUGCCACCUACCCUUCCAGAGUAAAUGGCUGUACAUCGGCACGGAACGGGGCAACGUCCACAUCGUCAACGUGGAGUCCUUUAUGCUCUCAGGCUACGUCAUCAUGUGGAAUAAAGCCAUUGAACUGUCUUCCAAGGCUCACCCUGGACCAGUCGUCCACAUCAGUGACAACCCCAUGGAUGAGGGAAAGCUCAUAAUUGGAUUCGAGUCUGGCAUCGUGGUCCUGUGGGAUCUGAAAUCAAAGAAGGCCGACUAUCGCUACACUUAUGAUGAGGCGAUCCACUCGGUUGCCUGGCACCACGAGGGUAAACAGUUCACCUGCAGUCACUCAGAUGGGACGCUGACCAUAUGGAACGUGAGAGGCCAGGGUAAACCCAUACAGACAAUCACCCCCCACGGAAAACAACCCAAGGAUGGAAAGAAGCCAGAGCCUUGUAAACCCAUUCUCAAAGUGGAGUACAAAACCACCAGGAUUGGGGAACCUUUCAUCAUCCUGUCCGGUGGUCUGUCCUACGACACGGUGGGCAGGCGGCCAUGUCUAACGGUCAUGCACGGGAAGAGCACGGCCGUCCUGGAGAUGGACUACCCUAUAGUGGACUUCCUCACGCUCUGUGAGACGCCGUACCCCAACGAUUUUCAGGAACCUUACGCCGUGGUGGUCCUCCUCGAAAAAGACUUGGUGGUGAUCGACCUCGCACAAAACGGUUACCCCAUCUUCGAGAACCCCUACCCCCUGAGCAUCCACGAGUCCCCGGUGACCUGCUGCGAGUAUUUGGCCGACUGUCCCGUGGACCUCAUACCAGCACUUUACUCUGUGGGCUCUCGACAGAAGCGGCAAGGCUACAGCAAAAAGGAGUGGCCUAUCAGUGGGGGCAACUGGGGUCAAGGCACACAAAGCUACCCGGAGAUCAUCAUCACUGGGCAUGCUGAUGGAACAGUGAAGUUUUGGGAUGCCUCUGCAAUAAUGCUCCAGGUGCUCUACAAGCUGAAAACAGCCAAGGUGUUUGACAGGAACCGCUCCAAAGAGGACAAGGGCAGCACGGAGGUGUCUGAUGAAGACCCCUUCGCCAUUCAGCUCAUGACCUGGUGCCCCGAGAGUCGCAUGCUGUGUGUGGCUGGCGUGUCUGCAAACAUCAUCAUCUACCGUUUCAGCAAACUGGAAGUAACCACAGAGGUGGUGCAGCUACUAGAAGUGCGGAUGCAGUAUGAGCUGAACGACAUGGAGUCUCCAGAGUGCGGAAGCGGGGAGCAAACGUCGGCCGGCGCCUCCCCGCAGACAAGCGGUCCACCCUCUCACCCUUCCACCAGUAGCAACAACUCUGACGGAAGCAACAUGCCGUGCCUCAAGGUGCGCAGUACUCAGCUGAAGCAGUCUCCGGGUUACCAGGUAGACUUGGUGGUGCAGUUAGUGUGGGUGAGCGGAGAGCCUCCUCAUCAGAUCACAAGCCUGGCACUCAAUUCCUCCUACGGCCUGGUGGUGUUUGGUAACAGCAACGGUCUGGCCGUGGUGGACUACAUCCAGAAGACCAUAGUGCUAAACAUGGCCACGGUGGAGCUGUACGGCUCCAACGACCCGUACCAGAGACAACCACGCUCUCCGAGGAAGUCGAGACAGCCCUCCGGAGGACUGUGCGACAUCAACGAGGGAUCGGCCACGUCAGAGGACCGCUGCAAGUCUCCUACUUCAGUGUUGAUGACAAACAGCAAUCUCCAACAGUUCUACAAUGGAGCUGGUAGAGGAGCAAAGAUGUCACGGAAAUUAAGCUUGCCUACUGAGCUAAAGCCAGACUUGGUUCUCUUGUCUGUAUGCCCGCCCCGGGGUGCCAACCCUCUAGACCACCGGGACAACUCGUUCAGUCGCUCGCGCUCGUCCAGCGUCACCAGCAUCGACAAGGAAGCAAAAGAAGCCAUUCUCUCCUUCCAAUUCUGCGAGACCUUCGCCCGCAAGGGAGACAGCACUUUAUCGCCUUGCCUGUAUGUGGGCACCUCCCUGGGCAGCGUGAUGGCUCUGGCCAUCAUGCUGCCGCCUGCUGGGGAGCAGAGGCAACUACAGCCUGUCAUCCUUUCACCCACAGGCAUGUUGAUCCGACUAAAGGGCAGCAUCAUGCGGUUGGCCUUCAUGGACUCCGCCGGUUCCCUUUUGCCCCCCGCCAAUGACCUGUGGUUCGAACCCAACGUCUCGGUGGACGGCGAGGAGCGAGAAAAGGUCCGCAAGCGUCGUCCCGUCUCGGUGUCUCCGUCCAGCUCGCAGGACCUGAACGAGGGCCAGUAUGCGGUGGCGUGCUCUGAGAAGCAGGCCAAGGUGCUCUCUCUGCCCACCCAGACGUGCAUCUACAAACACAGCAUCACAGAGACCUCCUUCAUCCUCCGUGCCGACGUGGUUCAGAUGAGCCACGGCGUGUGCUUGGCGUGUUUCUGCGCUAACGGCCACAUCAUGACCCUCAGUUUACCAGGACUGAGACCCCUCAUGGACGUAAACUACCUGCCUCUGACGGACAUGAGGAUAGCCAGGACCUUUUGCUUCACCAACCUGGGCCAGGCCAUGUACAUGUGCUCCCCCACUGAAGUCCAGAGGAUCACUUACAGUCAGGACACCUGCGAGAACCUACAGGAAAUGCUUGGGGAAUUGUUUACACCAGUGGAGACACCAGAGGCGCCCAACAGAGGGUUCUUCAAGGGUCUCUUUGGGGGAGGAUCACAGUCCCUGGACAGGGAGGAGCUAUUCGGGGAGUUGGCAGCCGGACGAGCAUCCCGAAGCCUGGCCCAGCACAUCCCGGGCCCAGGCGGCAUCGAGGGCAUGAAGGGGGCGGCAUCCGGCGUGGUGGGGGACCUAACGCGAGCCCGGAUAGCGUUGGACGAGCGAGGGCAGAAAUUGGGCGAGCUGGACGAGAGGACGGCCGCCAUGAUGGCCAGUGCAGACUCCUUUUCCAAGCACGCACACGACAUGAUGCUGAAGUGCAAAGACAAGAAGUGGUACCAGUUCUGAUGGGCGGGACUCCUCAUCACCGCCGUGACCUCCCACCCUGCCGCCCGUCGUUAAUCCCUCCGAGACACUUGGGAUACUCUUCCCUUUAGCACAACGUCCAUAUUGUUCUUAGCUCCGUCGUUCUCAGGCGGGAACUGAGGGAGACGCAGGGAAGUCAAACUCUUUUUAGUUUCUCUCCUCUCCGGACACGCGUGGAGAGUUUUCAUUCUCAUUUGCCAAAACUGUCCUUAAAAAAAAAACUGAUGUCAGUAUUUCAAAGCUGGAACAGAGACACAGAAUAUUGUUGAAAUGUACAAAAAAAAAUCUAAAUACAUUAUAAUAUAUAAAAAAGAAAUAUAUAUAUAAAAAUUGACAUGGGCAAAAGCUGUUUCCGAGAGCAGUACUAAAGCGAGGGCGCUGAUUGGAUGGAUGAAGGAAGGAGGCCCGCCCAUACAGGAAGUGACGCCUCCUCUAUGCAGAGAGUCACCAUUUUUUUCUUUCUUUUUUUCCUCCACUUCCAGACUCUCCUGACAUGUUCUCGUUAUCCCUGUAUUUAUGGAUUAUUGUUUUGUCAAUAACACUGGAAAGCUCUUAUUUUUCUAUGCUCCUCUUUGUUGUCGCUUUUGUUUUGGAAAAAAAAAAAGGGCUGGAAUCCUACAAGGAGGGCAAGGAUAUAAAAGGCAUAUUUCAUUUCAACUUGUUUAUUAGCGUGACUGUACAAACUGCUGCUAGGAUCGUGUCCCUUGUGUUUUUAUGACGCUAAUAUGUUCAAUAAUGUUUAUUUUUAUAAUCUCCGGUUACUCCCUCUAAUUUCAGACAAGUGCGGAACAUCUCUCUACAUAGACAAUCUGGAGAGUUAAGAGGAGAGAGGCCAUAUUUCUUUGCCACGCCAAAGAUUUGCUUUAGAUUCUUUAUUCCUGUUAGCAGCUCCUUUAAAAAAUGUUGACUUUGAAUAUUAUUUUCUUGUCAACCAAGGUCCACGUUAAUAUUGUUUGCAUUGAACCGACUAUUAGGGCCACACGGAUAAGAAACGACCUCGCCAUAUGUUGUACAGUUAUGCCUGGGGUGUCCAAAAUGUGCAACUUUAUUUACUUUGCUUGUAAUAUAUAUACUUUUUUUUAUUUUAUUUAUGUUCCUCCUGAAGACAAAUGUGUGGAACAAGCCGACAAGAACAUAUGACAGUCAAUGUUUUGAUUGGUUGCAGUUUUAUGUCAUCAAUCUAAUAACCAGGGAUGGGUAUCGUUAACAUUUAAACCCAUACUAGUCCAAAAAACUGUACUUAAAAAAUUAGGAUUUUUCUGUUAAAAACAAUGUUGUGACGCUCAAGUUAAACAGAUACAUCAAUCGUAUUUAAAAAAGAUAAUACAUAAAAAAAAUAAGAAAUAAUACGCAACAAACUGACGACAAAAAAAGACGACUUGCUUGUGUUGUCGUGGUGAUACUCACAAUUCCGGGGUUCGUGAAUGUACCAUCCCCGCCGUGACAGUUGAUUGGUGCAUUAGCGGUGCAGGUGCGGUGUCGGAACCUUAAAGGGGAACUGCACUUUUUGGGGAAUUGUGUGUAUUGUUCACAAUCAUUAUGAGAGACAAGAACACAGAUUUUUUUUAAAUGGAUCGCUUACCUAUAAUUAACCGGAAAAAACGUCCUUGGCUAACUGGACCAAACGCACAACCAGGGAUGGGUGUCGUUAACAUUUCAACCCAUACUAGCCCCAAAAAUGGGACAUUUUUGGUCAUUGUAAUUUUCUGUUAAAAACAAUGUCUUUAUAUUUUUAUGGAAUGUUGUGACGCUCAAGAUGAACAGACCAGUAAUUUAAAUACUUCAAUUGUAAUUU